AUGUGUGAUUCCGGUCCGGAAUGGCAGGUCUCACGCUCUAAUCUGCAUGGGUUGGUGCAGCUUUCCAAAAAGAAGACUAGUCUAGACAACAUUCGAUCGCCACCAUUGUGUCAAGGUCAUCAGUCGUACAAUGACAACUCGAAUUCAGUUAAACGGCAGACCUCCCAGGAACCCCCAUUCACUCAAGGCUCUGUGCAAGGACCGCCCUUAUCGAAGUCAAAAACCGCUCUCGUUCCAUCCCCAACUUUUCAUGCCACCAUAGCCCCUGAUUCGGGCAUUUCUACGUUCUUGCCUCCACCCACAGCAACAGUUACACUCUUGAAACGACCAUUGAAAGAUAUGGAUCAAGAAAUUAAUCUGAAUGCUCAUAUGCAUGGCCCACCUACCAUGAACCUGCAGUCCUUGGGGAUCAUCGCCCCAUCCAACAAUCUCGAUAAGAAGAAGCCUACAAGCAAGAAGGAGCAAAAGACUUCUGAGCGUAGCUCACAAUUCGAGUCUGACGAGAGUGAUACUCUCGUCGAUCCUAACCUGUUACCGAGAUCACGCGCUAUGGAAUUCGUCCCAUUGCAAGUGGGGAUGGUUGGCGAACAAAACAAAGAUUACGGCACAUCAACCUCUUACAAAGAUAGGAACAAAUUGGCAUCGUCAGUUCAUGUCGAAAACAUCGGCCAGAAUAAACGACUAGCCAAUGAUUCUAAUUCUAAAGCGGUUUCAGAUCGACGUCUUCUGCUCAUAAUCAGACUUAUCCAAAUAUUUCCCGAUUAUGCUCUGCGCGUCUCCGAGUUGGGGCAACCUCAACGUUGCCACUUCAAACCCCCUCCAAUACUAGACACCAUUCAUGUCUUUGUGGAUAUGUCGAAUAUUUUAUUUGGGCUCCACGAAUCGGUCCAAGGAAAGGGAGAUCAUCCUCCCAACGCCAAGGCCAACGAUAUUGAUAUGUCAUUUGCCAACUUUGCUUUGAUUAUCGAACGCGGCCGGCUCGCGGCGAAAAGAGUCCUGGCCGGAUCAGAUCAUUUGCCUGCCACGAAAGAUGCCGAAAACCUUGGGUACGAAGUCAAUAUCCUAAAUCGUGUUCGCAAGGGACGUUAUCAGAUUAAGCCUGAAAUAGCUUCAUCUGGCCAGCGCUGGGUAGAGCAGGGUGUGGACGAAAUUCUACAUCUCAAGAUGCUCGAAAGUAUCCUUGAUUCGGAGGAACCUGCAACAAUGGUACUGGCAUCUGGAGACGCGGCGAAAGCUGAAUACUCCGAUGGUUUUUUGACCAUGCUGAAGCGAGCGCUACAGCGCGGCUGGAACGUCGAGCUGGUUAGCUUUCGCAAAGCCCUUGGCUCUGCAUACAAGAACAAGGACUUCCGUGCCAUGUGGCGACCUCGUUUUGAGAUAUUGCUGUUGGACGAAUUCGUACAUUCUCUUUACGAAGGAUACUUGCCGACUGCAAACCUUUAUUAA